AUGAUCAUCUAUCAAGAUAUAAUUACAGGCGAUGAAGUGUUUUCGGAUUCCUAUACCAAGAGAGUCGAAGACGAUGUCGUUUACGUCGUAGAGACUAAGGACAUCACUGUUACUGAAGGGACAUAUGUCGACGCGAAUGUCGAUGAGGAUGCAGCAGAAGGGGCCACGUCAGACGCUCUUGACACUAUUUCCGAAACUGUCAACAAUCUUGAACAUGGUUACAACUUGGUAAAAACGAUCUUUAACAAAAAAAACUAUUUGGCCUAUCUAAAAAAAUACAUGGCCGCCGUCAAGGCUCACUUGGAGAAAACCAAUCCAGAUCGUGUCAAUCCAUUUAUGCAGGGUGCGCGAGAAUUUACGAAGAAAAUCAUGAGCAAUUUUGACGAGUACACUUUUUACACUACUGAGUCUAUGGAUCCGGAUGGUAUUGUUCUAUUGAAAUUUUGGCCAAAUGGAGAGAAUACUCCAUAUUUUUACAUUUGGAAAGAUGGUCUUACUGAACGUGCUGUCUAGCUUACCAGAUCGGUCAAAACAAAAUAACUAUAAAUUUGAGAGCAAAAAUUAGAUCUGCAAAUGGAUUUUGUGACGUACUGUUCGUCCUCUUUUUCUUAUUUAUAAAAGAGACGUGUGCCACGUGUACCUAGUCUUACUUAAUAAAGAGAAGGGAUAUAUUUUA